AUGUCCAUAAAAGGUGAAGAAAAUUGGUGUUUGAUUUGUUCCGGGUCAGUUUUCGGCGAAGGUGUUAAUCUCCUAGGAAAGGAUGCCGAAAAGUUGAGAACUCAGUUUCACAAAGUUCUUAAAGCACCUGUUCCCAAGAAGCCUCCUUCGGAGAAUGUUUGUAAACGUUGUGACAGAAAUAUCCGAAGAUUGGCUGACACAAGAGGGGAAGCUGCAGAAAGGGAGAUAGAGUACAUGCGCAAAACAUACCGGAAGACGGUUCAGGAGUAUAAUGCUAAAGCGGAAAUACGUAAGCAGAAACUGCGUAAAGCGGCCGAAGCAUUUAUGCUGAUAAAACCUAAAGAAUCCGAAGCCGAACCAGAGAAGAAGCUUUCAACAUUCGCCUCUAAAUGGAAAUUCAAAGCUAAAUCUAGCGCCGCUACAACCAAGAUACCACUUCCGGUAUCGAGCGGAAACUCAAGUCCUUCAAGAUCUAAACCACAGUCAGGGGAAACUACUCCGUCUGGUGAAUUAUACGAAAGUAAUAAAUCACUUUCUUUCAAAAUAGCGUCUAAUGAAAAAAAGAAUGACACUGAUCUGGCAGAAGAUAAUGCUCCUUCAGGCAUCGAAUAA